CAUAUAUGACAUAUAUUUUUGCUACGAAAAAAAUGGUCUGUGCGAUGAAUAAAUUUACCAUUGUAGCAUGUGUGCAAUAGUACAGUUUUGCAUGUUCAUAACAGCCGCUUAAUAGUGUGUGAAGUGAUUUUGUUGUGCUUGUUUGUGUGUGUGUGUGAUAUUGACUGCGCACUGCUAUUAUACAUGGUAGUUGGAGUCUAUUGUGCGAUUAAAACUUGUGUCCCUGCUGCAUUGAGUCAUUUCAUACAACUCCAUUUCCCACAAUUCCUAAGCCCAUAAUUUCUACGCAGCUGCUAGUUGAGCGUGUUGACAGGAAAAAUUAAGCGGUAUUUUCAAGUCAUCCAUGAAAACCCCAAAUGAGCCCGUGAGGAAGAAACGACAGAAGCAACUUUACCAAAUGAAAGUAAGGGAGAAACAAAAAAGAAAAUUUAUAGAUACAACCCCAAGUGGAAAAAGGAUUUUCCUUGGUUAAUUUUCGAUGCAGACCAACAGCUCUUGUUUUGUAGCUGGUGCAAGGAGGCUCCAGAAAAGAUUAAAGUAGACAACCCCUUUGUGAUGGGUAACAGCAUUUUUAAAAAAGAUAACAUAUAAAACACAGCACUUCUCAGCGUCAUCUGCUUGCAAGAGAUGCAUUCAUGGCCAAACAACAACCUGAGCGGGCUAGCACGCUGCUGCACACCCUCAGAUCCCAGGCAGCCAAAGCAGAUGAUGCUGCUUUCCGUGAAGUUAAAAUGAAAAUGAAUGUGGCGUAUUGCAUUGCUAAAGAAGAACUUCCUUUCACGAAGUUUAAACCGUUGAUUUUGCUCUGAAAAAAGAAUGGAGCGGACAUAACGCCAUCUUAUGAUAACCACGUACGAUGAAGAGAGAUAAUUUCAAUGAUAGCUGAUGAAAUGAAAUCCGAUCUGGUGGAUGAAAUUAGAGCAAGCCGCUACCUUUCUGUGAUGAUCGACGGGGAGACGGACACAUCGAACAAGGAAUGUGAAAUGGUCUAUGUUCGAAUCCUUCAGAAUGGAAAGCCAGCAAGCAAGCUGGUCGGGCAACAGGAACUAAAAUACAGCCAUGCGUUAGGAGUUCUACAAGCCACCAAGACUGCUUUUGAGCAGCUAGGACAGGAGACAGAUUGAAUAAACAAGCUAGUAGGCUUUGGAGCGGAUGGAGCUGCAGUGAAUAUGGGAUGAUGUGGAGGUGUCACUGCCCUGCUUGAAGAGGUCGGGAAGCAUGUAGUUCCAUACCACUGCAUGCAUCACAGAUUGGAAUUGGCUAUGCUGACUGUCCAAAAAAAGGAGCCCAUGGUAGCUAAACUUUAUGACCUCCUCUUCUUGCUAUGGAAAACAUUCCACUAUAGCCCAAAGUCUCUGAGGGAGCUGCAGGCAUUGGGCAAAACGCUGGGUGUUAGCAUCAGUAACCCUUCCAAUGUCAAAGGCACACGCUGGAUUCCUCAUGUUGAGCGUGCAUUACAUGCACUUCUCAAAUCGGCUGGACAGAAUGAACAGGACAGCAGCCAGUAUGCUGCAACCCUACAACACAUGAACAGCCUGUCUGCAUCUUCUCCCUCUGCUGAAAUGAAAGGCAGAGCUAAGAAGAUCAAGUGUGAGAUGGAGCAUGCAGAGUUCUGCGCCUUUUGCCACUUUAUGGCUGAUGUAUUUGCAGAAAUAGGGAGCCUUAGCCGUAUCCUACAGGGAAAUGACUUGAUCUUACCCAAGGCCACUGCUGAGCUACAGAGAACAGUGUCUGAAUUGGAAGAAAUGAAGUUGAGGCCUAAACCAGGAGGGAUGUUAGAGAAUUUUCUGAGCAUACAGCGUGAGGGAGGGACUGUUACUUUUCAGAGUGUGGAGCUGAAAGGGCAAAUUCCCUUGACUGGUGAUGCAUUCAGCAGUCUCCAUGUGGCAGCGACUGUUGACAUUGCAGUAGAAGAAAUAAGACUCUUCAGUUGUUUGCUGAAUCAGUCAGGGGAAGACAGGUCAUGACUAGGGCUGUGGCAGACACUUCUCACCAAGGAACCAUAUUGCUCAGACUUUAAGAACUUUCUGCACUUGACUGAAAAACUGCUUGUGAUGCCAAUUUCGUCCACUCAGUGUGAGCGAGAAUUUUCAGCCCAGAAUCGAAUAAAGAACACUACCCGCAGAAGCCUCCAUGUCUCCACUGCUGAGGACUUAAUCCGCAUCAGCGCAGAAGGCUGACCAUUGGAGGAAUUCAAUCCAAAUCGGAUAGCAGCUAAAUGGAUUACCUCUUCUGAAAGGGCCAGGAGACCAAAUACAAAAGAGUGGCCAGCAGACAUGCUAGAUCUGUGACACAUACACUAUGCACUAAACUAAAAAACGAUGCAUCUGUUGAUAGUAUUAUUUUCAAAGGAGUUUCAUGGUAUAGGUUCGUUUUGCUAGUUUGCAAAUUUUGUGUUUAAUUUAGAGCUUUUAUUUAGUGAUGUCUGCCCACAGAUCUAUUCUACUUUGAUGUGUAAUGUUGAUGUGUAAGAGGUG